CAGUUUAGCUAACAUGACAAUCGAGUUAAGGUGCUUGUAACUGAAACCGGCGGCGGCGUCCCUAACACUUAACAUCAGUGACACAUCUACGAACUACACGACCUCCAUGGCGCUGCCGCUGGACAGGACCUUUAAUGUCGUAGCCGACUGCGAACGGUUUGAGGAGUACAUUGGUGAGCUGCGAGAGGCAGUGAGGGACCCUACCGAACCGCCGCCAUUAGCGGCGACUCAUCCGAACCUCUACCGGCUCCGGCAGACCACGAGACGGGAGCCCAGGCAGUGGCUCCACCUUCGGAUGGUGGCCAGGAACGCCGAGAUCAUUGUGUGGAUCCGCACGGACAACCUCUACGUCGUCGGCUUCGAGCAGGUGCGAGGGGCACGGUACGAGUUCGGUGUUGACCCCGCCAAUGACGCCAAAGAGAAGAACAAGAAGAAGAAGGAUAAAGAGAAGAAAGCCAAGAAGAAGAACAAGAAAGAGGACCAGGAGCAACAGGAACGGCGGCCACUGAUAUCGGGCGCAACGUUCCUCGGGUUUAAUGGCGGCUACGGCGAUCUCCGUCAGCUGCAGACGGGUCCGGACCCGGAAAGGCGGACGGUACCGGACCUCGGACGGGAGCCGCUGGUGGAAGCCAUCCAAGGCUUGGCCGCGUACACGCCGGCGGCGCCAGGGUUGGUCCGGGACUGGCUUCGAACCAUCGUCGUCACCGUCAGCGAGUCCCUCAGGCUACACAACGUUUGCCGGCAUAUCGCCCGGCUCCUCCUCGGUGAGUACACGAGAGGGUGGCUGGACCAAAGCCUAGUCGACUGCAUCCGUGACUGGGGCGACGUCUCGGCGUGUGUGCUUGCUAGCGCCGCCCACCCCGAAGGCGACGCUCAUGGGCGGUACAGUCAGCUGAGUCACAUCUGCGAGAACACCGAUCAGGCUUGUGAGGUGGUGGCCAUCCUCAACGCUGGCGCUGUCCCCGACGAGCCAGGCCCGAGCCGCCGUCCCAAGCGUGAGGCCGCGGUCGGUGACGGAGACGACGACGGCUCCGUCCCGCCGCUGGGGCUGACCUUCGUCGAGGUCUUCUCGGCGGUCGUCGAGGGCGGCGGCGGCACGGGGAGGAACAGGAGCCUGCUGUACGGGCACAUCGCCAUCGACGACGGGCUCAGCUCGGGCUCUUCCCAGCUGCUCUUCAUGCGUGGCCGCUCCAACGCGCUGCCGGCGAGUCUUGACGGCCAGGUCCAGCUCACCGGCCCGGCCAGGGCGGUGUGGGGCUACGGCGAGGUCGUCAUGCACGUCGACCUCAUGGACGCCGCCAUCCCACACGUCGCCGACAUGACGCCCGACGACGACGAUGCCGAGGAGGUCGGCUCGGGGAAGCUGGUGUGGAACACGUACGACACGCCGCGGAUGGUGUACGACGAGGCCGAGGAGUACGUGUUCGAGGGGGUGUCGGGCGCCGUCAACGUUCGCUGCGCCGUGGUCACCAACGCCGUCGUGGCCACCGUGGCGCUCAGGCGCACCGGCUCCGGCGGCGGGCAGAGAGUCGACGUCUACGGCACCGUCUCCGCCGCCACGGCCAUGUUCGCCCCACAGGAUAAGGUCACGCUCUUCAGCAGGGAGUGGAAGGACGCCGUCUCCGUGGGGGCCGGCGAGGACGUCCCGCUGCUGAGGAAGGUCGCCGUCGUGCAGCUCGGUUCGCCUCUCACGAUAUGCGCCGAUCUGUGGACCAGGGCUCACGUCGCCGACAUGUCGGUUGAUGAUCGGAUCUCAUCCGGCGAUGUGGCUGUGUUUCACCCCAGCCCCUUUGGGGUGGUCCGGAAGAUGAUCGGCGGCGGCGACGUCGAGGUGUCCGUCACCUGGUCACUCAACUAGCUAGGUCCCUACUGCUUUUAAAUGUCUGGAUAAUAAAUCGGGAUGUCAUGACCGGUAUUUCCUUUUUCAUCUUGUUGCUUGCUUGUCUGUUCAUCUAUGUAAUAAUAAAUUAAUAAUUGAUCCAUCCAUAUUACUCCUAAA